GCGGGCGGGGUGAAACUGAAAGUGGAGGGCUCGGGCCGCGGCUAGGCGGGACCCGGCGCCGCGCCGCUCCGGCUCGCAUCCCCGCCCCGUUCGAAGCGCUUGAGCGUCCCGGGCCGAGUAUGGCCGAGAAUUUCGACCGAGCUCCCGGUGCCGGUCGAGGUCGGGGCCGCGGAAGUAGCGUUCUCGCCGGCGCGUCGGAGAGCUGCGGUGGGGCCUGCCCCGGAGGCGGUGGUUCGCACGGCCCCGGCGCGGUCGAUCAGCAGCAGAACAAAACGAGCGGCUUCCUCCCCCAGCAGGAGCCCCUGCGGCCUCCGAGGACGGCGCCGCUGGGCACUGGAAGCGCAGAGCACCUGCAACAGACAAGAAUCCCAUCUGGAUCACGAGUUUCAGUUCCUACUGCUGGACCAGAAAUGGCAAAACCUCAGGUGGCUGUGACUCCUGUGGCAAUGUCAAAGUUGUCAGUUAAAGCACCUGAGUUUUAUCCAUCAGGAUACAACCCAAACUUCAAUCAGAACUUGGCAGAUUCUUCCUUUGAAGAUGGAUAUGGUGGCUAUCUGACUUUGGCAGAAUAUGUACAAGGCUUCCUAAACCAUCUCACUGAGCAACCAGGUUGUUUUGAAACUGAAAUAGAACAGUUUGCUGAAACGCUGAAUGGUUGGGUCGUUACAGAUGAGGCUUUGCAAGAGCUUGUUGAUCUCAUCUAUCAGCAGGCCACAUCUGUCCCAAACUUUUCCUACAUGGGAGCAAGGUUAUGUAACUAUUUAUCUCACUGUCUAACCAUUAGUCCACAAAGUGGGAACUUCCGACAGUUGUUACUUAAAAGGUGUCGAGCAGAGUUUGAAAAUAGAGAUGAAGCUGCAAAAGGAGAUGAAGCUACUCAAAAACAAUUUCAUGCCUUUGUAUUGUUCUUAGGUGAACUUUACCUUAACCUAGAGAUUAAGGGAACAAAGGGACAGGUAACACGAGCAGAAAUUCUUCAAGAAGGCCUUCGGGAAUUACUAAAUGCGCUUUUCUCUAAUCCUGUGGACAGUAAUUUGAUAUGUGCUGUGAAGCUGCUGAAGUUGACAGGCUCAGUUUUAGAAGAUGCUUGGAAAGAAAAAGGAAAGGAUGAUAUGACUGAAGUGAUUCAGAGAAUUGAAAAUGUUGUAUUGGAUGCAAACUGUAGCAGAGAUGUGAAACAUAUGCUUCUGAAACUAGUAGAACUGCGAUCAAGUAACUGGGGUAGAGUUCUUGGAACUUCUUCACAUACAGAAGCUACCCCUGAAAAUGACCCAAACUAUUUUAUGAAUGAGCCAACAUUUUACACUUCUGAUGGCAUUCCUUUCACUGCAGCAGAUCCAGAUUACCAAGAAGAAUACCAAGAGCUGCUUGAAAGAGAGGAUUGGUUCCCAGAUUAUGAAGAGAAUGGAACAGAUUUAUCAGGAGCUGGAGAUCUAUACUUUGAUGACAUUGAUGAUGAGAUGGAUCCAGAAAUUGAAGAAGCGUAUGAAAAAUUCUGUCUAGAAUCUGAACAUGGGAGAAAACAGUGAGAAGUUACACAUAAAUAUUAAAUAUGUUUGCUAAAGCAGUUUAGGUAUGGUUAGAGUGUAAGGGGAUGCAUAAAUUGAAACAUUUGUACCAAAAUAAGGAAGUUAAGUUUCUCCAACAAUUGAAGAUACAGUUUCCCUUUUGUUAAACAGAAUCUGCCAAAAAUUGUAAUCACAUGCCCUGUAUCUUAAAAUGUUGUGUAUAUAUCAUAGUUUAUUUUAUGUACAGGUAUACGGACAAUGUUUUGGCUGCAAUAAAAAUUCAACUUAAAAAUAUCGUAAUGGAAAUUAAAUUUUAACUAAAGAGGAACUGUCCCAGGAAAUUUCUCUUGUGGGAGAAAGGAAAGAACAAUUUGAUCUUUUAAUUGCUUGCUUCUAAUAUGCAGUAGAACUCUCCCAUCUCUUUUAUCACAUGCAAGCUAUCCUUUUUUUGUUGUUUUUGUUUGUUUUGUUGCUUUUUUUAUUGCUAAGGAGAGUAUGAUCCAAAUACAGAUUAUCUCUGUAGAUUUCAAUCAUGGAAUCAUGGGAAGUAGUUUGUGAAGAUUUUGUGUCUUGUGGGUUGUUUUGUGGGGAUAUCUAUAUAUAAUCAUAUAUAUAUAUACACACCUUUUUUUUUUUUUUUUUUUUUUUUUUUUUGCUUUGUUUCUUCCCUCUUUCCUCUACCCUUUUGUGUGAAGUCUGGACACAUUAACAUGAAAUAUGGGGAUAUUGUGAAAAACUAAGCUGUAUUUUAUAAGUCAGGUGCUUUCAAGAUCUGUGGUUCAGAUAAGCUUAUUUCUAACUUUUACGAGCAAAAACUAUCCUUUAAAUAUCCUUUAAAUUUGCCGUGUUCUUCAAGACUACAUGAAUAUAGUUAUGGUUGAACCAGUGCUCCUCAAGAGUAUGUGCAGUGCUCGAUAUAUUUUUGAAUGUAUCUAACAUGUCUAACCUUCUGGCAACAUGUGUAAUUUUCUCCAUCCUUCUAAUUAUUUUAUAUAAGUUGUCUUAAUUUUGUAGUUUGAGUAUGUUCAUGUAUUUCAUAAAUGUUAACGUUCUGAAACUGACUGCUCUUUUUUGACUCAAUAUAAUCAUGUUAGUCUAUAAAUUCCAUUGUUGCUGUUGUUGCCAAACUCAGUUGUACUGUUUCUUGUUAUCUGUUUCUGGUUAGACUAAGUAGAAUCCCUUACUACACAAAUACACACACACAAAAAAAAAAAAAAAAAAAAAAAAAAAUCCUAAACAGUAGCUACUGUAAAGAACAUGUUGUUGUAAAUAUGCAUGUAAAUAAUUCUGUUAAUAUUUCACUGUAAUACGUUUGGUUAAAUGACUUGUGCGUCUGCUAAUACAGUGAGCACUGUUUUCUGGGUGUUUAUUGAACAUUCAUUUAGGUUGGAGUUUUGGAAAAUAAAAUUUAACUAGCUUUG